AUGUCACCCAACGAAAGUUUCGAAGGCGGCGAUCCGCAUUCGGGCGAAAACGCUUCAGCAGCGUCGCUAGCUCUGGGCGAAGAGCUGACGUUCAGCACACAGUCACUGGUGCAGGUGAUCAUUUACUGCAUCCUGUUCGUUAUAGCUGGCGCCGGCAACGUGCCGGUGUUCGUCAGCUUGCUUAACAAAAGGCACCGCAAGUCCCGCAUCAAACUCAUGAUCCUGCACCUCGCCUUCGCCGACCUGAUCGUGACGUUCGUUAUGAUUCCGCUCGAGGUCGCCUGGAGGCUCACGGUCCAGUGGGCGGCCGGGAAUGUCAUGUGCAAACUGAUGCAGAUGCUCCGUGCGUUCGGCCCUUACCUCUCGUCGAUGGUUCUCGUGUGCAUCAGCGUGGACCGAUAUUACGCCGUGCUGCACCCGCUCAAGGUGCACAGCGGACAUCGCCGAGGCAGGAUAAUGCUCACUGUCGCCUGGUACGCGAGCCUUGUCUGUAGCAUACCACAGGCAGCCGAGAACACCAAACAAACUCAGCCACCACCACAGGCAACCCUAGGGAACACACCUGGCGUAAAGGUGUCAAAACUGCCUCACAGUGCCGCGGCAUUCUCGAAGGAGCCACCGAGCCCCGAGUCAACUCGCCAUACCACUACAAAGAAGAAGGGCCAGGGGCAACCCCGCGCCAUACCUGGAAACUCCCUGCCCUCGGAUCGUGCACCAAGUGGUACCACAGGCCCAGCGGUCGCACCACAAAAGCAGGCAGGUCCGGAAGACUGCCACCAGUACCCAGCCUGUGGAUCCUCCCUCAACCGGGAGCGUUGA